UUUGCAAACAACCAAGUUUACUUUAUAUAGUUAAAAAAUAUAAAUAUUUUAAAGAGAGUAAAAUGGAAAAUAAGAUGAGUGCUUCUGAAGAAGAGAAUUCAAGUUCUUCGGAUUCAUGUAUUGAAGAUGAUGAUAUAGAAAAAGAUUUACUCAGGCAAGCUGAAAUGCUGGAAAGUCAGUUAUCAACCAACAAAUACUUGUAUGAUGUUCAUAUCGAAGUAAUUAACAUAUAUAGAAAACUGUCUGAUUUAAAUUCCAUGAGAGAAGCUUAUCAGAGGUUUCGGGAAUGCUUUCCAUUAACUCCGAAAAUAUGGUUGGAGUGGAUUAAAGAUGAGAUAAAAAUUGCCAGCACACAAGAAGAACAAGAGAAAAUAUUUAGCCUUUUUGAUGCAGCUGUAGAUGAUUACCUCUCUGUUAAUGUUUGGAUUGAAUAUGCUCAAUAUUCAAUUGGUACAAGUAAUAUACAAACCACGCGUUCUAUACUAGAGAGAGGAUUGACCUCUGCUGGACUACACGUAAGCGAAGGCUCUUUGUUAUGGGAUACCUUACGAGAGUUGGAACAUGCCCAUCUUUCUCUAUAUCAAGAAAAUUCAGAAGAAUGGAAGUCUCAGAUUAAAAGGUUAGUUGAAGUAUUCAGAAGACAGCUUUCUGUUCCACUUUUAAAUAUGAAAAAUACAUACAAUGAAUGGACUGAUUGGUACACAUCCUUGCCCGACGGUUUAGUAGAUUCAGGCCCUGUCGAAUGGGGCUAUAAAAAAGCAAUAAAAACCUUAGAAACAUAUAAACCUUUUGAAGAUAGACUUAUAUCUGCAGAUAGUGCUGAACUAUAUGAUAUUUACAAAGAAUAUAUUAAAGAAGUUAAAGAUACAUCAACCGUAUUAUGUUUGUAUGAAAGGGCGGUACUCCCAUUAUGUUUAACACCUCUUUUGUGGGAAGAUUAUAUUAAAUAUUGUUUUAAAUUAAAGGAAGUUGUCUUAAAGGUAGGAACUAGAGCUAUUAGAAAUUGCACUUGGAGUGAACCUUUGUGGAUUGCUAGGCUUCGGGCUCUUGAAUUUCAUAAAUUGGAUGAAAAAGAUAUUAUGGAAUGUUUUGAACAAGGUGUAAUUAAUAUAAGCCCACAGCCACCGUUGGAGUUUUGGUUUUCAUUCUUGGAGUAUUAUCACAGAAAUUCAGAUGACCAAAAAAAGCUUGAUAAACUUUUCUCUCAGGCUGUACAACAAAUUGGGCAUGAAAAUGAUCCAACAUAUAAAGUUAGCAGAUGGCACGCUCGUUUGCUAGCCAAACGCGGAGAUAUGGAGUCUGCUAGGAAAGUCUGGAGUAAUAUUAUCAAUGACCAACAAAAUAAAGGUUCUGUAAAUGCAUGGUUAGAAUAUGCAAAUUUGGAAAAACAAUUCGGUGAAGUAAACCAAGUGAGAAAUAUUUUCAAAAGGGCUCUGUUUGCAUGUAAGGAUUGGCCCCAAUAUAUUGCAGAUGAAUGGUUAAUGUUAGAGCGUGAAUUUGGUACUUUAGAAGAUAUCAUGAAAUGCCAAGAAAAAUGUAAGAAUGUUCUAAGAACUGCCAGCCAAUAUGCACAGAAAAACCCCGAUGUUCAAUAUGAACGUGAAGAUAAUAGAUCAUUCAGUAGGAAAAGGAAGCAGGAGGAUCCAGAAACGUCCCGAGUGGGUUCAAAGCGUAGAUACGAAGAUUCAGGGAGACGUAGAGACGCCAACGAUGAUUUCAAUUUUAAAAAGUUGCGGGUUUCACAAGAGACGAAACAUCCUCCAUUCUCAAAGCCUAUUGAAAAUAAAGAUCCAAAAACUACUGUAUUUGUCAGUAAUAUACAUCCUACAGUAAAUGAAGAAACAUUGAAGGAACUAUUUCCAAAUGCGUUAAAUAUAAGUAUUGUUUUAGAUAAAAAAGGCAAGUCUCGAUGUUUUGGAUACAUACAAUUUGCAAAAGAAGAAGAAUGCAUGACAGCUCUAGCACGAGAUAGAGUUCCAAUUAAUGGAAGACCUGUUUUUAUAUCAGAACUCAAAUCUGAAAAAUCUGAGAAAAGCUCGUUUAAAUACGCUCAAUCUACCGAAGAAAACAAAUUGUUCGUAAAAGGAUUGCCAAUUUCGAAAACCAAAGAAGAUGUUGAACAAAUUUUCAAACAGUAUAAUCCCAUAGACAUACGACUUAUAACUAAAAAGAAUGGAGAAUCGAAAGGAAUUGCUUAUGUAGAGUUCAAAACCGCAGCAGAAGCUCAAAAGACCCUGAAAGAAAUACAACCGUUAAAAGUAGAUGAUCAGGAAAUAACAGUAGCAAUAAGCGCUCCACCUCCAAAGAAACCGAAUGAAAAAUCAUACAAACCAGAGCUGAAGGAGCCAACAAGACAUGCUAGAAGCAAGAUACAAAUGCCAUUGAUGCCCAGAACUUUACUUGUUAAAAGUAGCGUCGAAAAAGCGGUGGAUAAUGGAAAAGUCGAAUCGGUAAAUAAAACACCGAAGAGUAAUGCGGAUUUUAGAAAUAUGUUUCUUAAAAAAUAGUUUAAAUAUUUUAUUAUUGAUUAUAAUAUAUGUACAAUAGAUAUAUAAAAACAAUAA